GGCGCUGGCGAGCUGAGGCCUUAGCUCUGGCUCCUUCUUGGUGUGUGACGUGACUAAGCCGAGAUUUCUGCCGGUCCCAGGGCAGCCGAGGCCCUGGGUGGGUGGCUGCAGGUUCACCAUGAGGAAGGAGCUGAGGACGCGGCGGAGACCAGAGCCCAGGGAGGCCAGUCCUCCUCAAGGUCACAGGCUGGGCCUCAGGGCUGGCCAGCGGGUGGCCAUAGCAGCGUGGGGACCGCGUGCUGGGCCUGGCUGCCAACUGGCUUCUCCCGCCCCCCUCCUUCCUCCCCCUCCCUCUCCCUGCCUCUGCCCCUCUUCCUGCUCUGUCCCUCUGUUCCCUCCUGUCCCUCUGUCUCUCCCCCCUUCAGGAGCAACCACUUUGGCCCACCUGAACAACCAGGAGGCCCAGAAGGACGCAGUCCCCUGGGGCGCUGCCUGCAACGCCCUGGACCCCUCCAGGUUCAAGUACCAGGUCCCCCUCUCCCCGAGGGGCGCCCAAGGCAGCUCCCUGGAGUGCGGCCACCCGGAGGUCCCGCCUCCGCCUCCGAGCGCUGCCAGCAGGGAACCUCUGUGUAUGGACCCACCGCCCAGGGCCCUGAGAGGGGGCACAGAGGGGGCUCAGCCGAACGAAGGCCCCAAAUCCAGGACCCAGGAGCACCGGGGGGCGCCCGCGAGCCGGAAGAGCAGCGCCAUUCCUGAGAACAUCUGCCACAAGUUCGGGAGCAAAGUGGUGGACCAGCUGGUUUCUGAGGAGCAGGUGUCCAAGCAGGGGACAGGAGGAGGAGGUGGGGGAGGGCUGCUUGUGGGGACUCACCGUGAGGGUACAGAGGAACCUGCUUCUGAGUCCCCGUGGCAGCAUUUAGUGAGCACCUGCUACGUGCCCAGUGCUGGGCUCGGUUCAAACUCCUCACAAUCUGGAAUGUUCCCCAAAGACUCACAUGCCGAAGGGCCCCCCCAGGAGACCAAGAGUCUCAUGAAGGCCUCCUACACGCCGGAGGUGAUUGAGAAAUCGGUGCGAGACGUAGGCCACUGGCACGGCAGGAGGACGGACGACCUGGGACGGUGGCACCAGAAAAAUGCUAUGAACAUGAACUUGCAGAAAGCGCUGGAAGAGAAAUAUGGAGAGAAGAGCAAAGCCAAGAACUUGAAGUUCUAGAGAGGCAGGAGGGCGGGUCCUGCUGGUGCUAAUAAAGGAAGGCACCGAU